UAGGAAUUCAUGGAAACUUACUGAAAUUUUAACCUUAUAAAUAGGGCAUUCCAUUCCAUAUAUCAACAACCUCAAGUGAAGAAUAUAACAAAGAGUGAAAAUGGAAGGAAAGGGAGUGUGUUCACAAACUUGGUUUACUAGUGCAAUGAGUCUUACCAAGUCAGGGGCAUCUAACGUGCCCGAUUCUUACAUUCUUCCUUCAUCAGCAAGGCCAAAUGCUACUCUGACCCUCUCCACCACCCUUCCAAUUGUUAACCUUUCCAUGCUGCACCAUCCUUCUCUUAGGUCUCGUGUUGUAAAUGAGAUACGAAGUGCCUGUAAGGAAAUUGGUUUCUUUCAGGUGAUAAACCAUGGAAUCCCUCUUCAUGUGAUGAAAAAUGCUCUAGAUGCUGUGAUGGGCUUCUUCGACCUGCCUCUUGAAGAGAAGAUGCUUCUGAUGUCUGCCAAUGUCCAUGCCCCUGUAAGGUAUGGCACCAGUUUAAAUCAUUCGAGGGAUAAAGUUCAUUUUUGGAGAGACUUCAUCAAGCAUUACUCUCAUCCCAUCUCAGAGUGGAUUCACCUAUGGCCUGCAAAUCCUCCAAGUUACAGGGAGAAAAUGGCUAAGUAUGCAACAGCUGUGCAGAAUUUACAAAAACAACUAAUGAGAGUUGUCUUAGAAAGCUUGGGACUGAACCCUAAUUACUUACAAAAUGAAAUUGAAGAAGGAUCACAAGUGAUGACCAUGAACUGCUAUCCAGCAUGUCCUGAACCACAGCUCACAUUAGGCAUGCCACCACACUCAGACUAUGGAUCAUUAACGAUCUUACUUCAGAGCUGCACUGGUCUACAGAUCAUGGACCAGAAUAAGAAUUGGAUCCCAGUUCCAGUGAUUGAAGGAGCACUACUGGUUCAGUUGGGAGAUCAGGUAGAAGUAAUGAGCAACGGCCAAUAUAAGAGUGUUGUUCACCAAGCAACUGUUAGCCCUCAGAGGAAGCGUUUUUCCAUAGCAAGUCUUCACAGUCUAGCGAUAAACAAGAAAGUUGGGCCAGCACCAGAGCUCGUCGAUGAGAAACACCCGACAUCCUACAAAGAGUUCAGUUUCAGCGAUUUUCUUGAUUAUAUCUCAAAUAAUGAUAUAUUAGAUGGAAGGUUUAUCGAUACACUGAAGAAGAAUCCAUGAAAAGGUGGUGCAGUAGGGUUACCUAUAUCUGUUUAGCAUAUUAUGUUGCAUGCAUGGUUAGAUAAUGACACUACCACUAGGCAAUAUUCCAUGUACUUGGGAAGACACUAAAUAAAAUGAUUUCUCAUGCUUUUCUUUACUUUUGCUCAACAUUACUUGCUGCUUCCUCUAAUUCGACCAUAAAGAUGAUAAAGAAACAACAGCAGAUACGCCCUUCUUGCACGUGAUCAUUGACUCAAAUUCAAACAGGGAAAGUACCAAAAUUAACCA